GUGAAAACAAAGAAGAAGAAGAAAAGUAGUGAUUUUGCAGAAAAUUCGAUUGAUUUGUUUUGCUUUGGUUUUUGGUGAAUUACUUAGAGAUUUGUGAGAAUUGUGAGUGAAAAUUGGACUCCAAGAUGACAAUAGUGUCCAAGAUGGAUGUCGAUGUGAAUCGUGGGGAGGGCUUCCGGUCGUAUUACAUACAAAAGAUCGAGGAGUUGCAGCUCGUGGUGGCGGAGAAGAGUCAGAAUUUGAGGAGAUUGCAGGCCCAGAGGAAUGAAUUGAAUGCAAAAGUCCGGAUGCUAAGGGAAGAGUUGCAGUUGCUGCAGGAGCAGGGGAGUUAUGUGGGGGAGGUGGUGAAACCGAUGGACAAGAAGAAAGUCCUGGUUAAGGUGCAUCCGGAAGGGAAAUUCGUGGUGGACAUUGACAAGAAUAUUGACAUCAAUGAUGUCACUCCAAAUUGCCGUGUAGCUCUCCGGAAUGAGAGUUAUACGCUCCACAAGAUUCUGCCGAAUAAAGUGGACCCAUUGGUGUCACUGAUGAUGGUGGAGAAGGUGCCGGAUUCCACGUAUGAGAUGGUUGGUGGCUUGGACAAGCAGAUCAAGGAGAUUAAGGAGGUUAUUGAGCUUCCGGUGAAGCAUCCGGAGUUGUUUGAUGCCCUGGGAAUAGCUCAGCCGAAGGGAGUGUUGCUGUAUGGACCUCCAGGGACGGGAAAAACCCUCCUGGCCAGAGCUGUGGCUCAUCAUACGGAGUGCACCUUCAUCCGGGUUUCUGGAUCAGAGCUCGUGCAGAAGUUCAUUGGCGAGGGUUCCCGGAUGGUUAGGGAGUUGUUCGUGAUGGCCAGGGAACAUGCUCCUUCGAUCAUUUUCAUGGAUGAAAUUGAUUCAAUUGGAUCCUCGAGGAUUGAGUCCGGAAGUGGAGGAGACUCCGAAGUGCAGCGCACGAUGCUUGAGCUCCUCAAUCAGUUGGAUGGAUUUGAAGCCACGAAGAACAUCAAAGUGAUUAUGGCUACGAAUCGGAUUGAUAUUUUGGAUCCUGCUCUCUUGCGUCCUGGACGCAUUGACCGGAAGAUUGAAUUCCCGCCACCAAAUGAGGAAGCUCGACUGGACAUCCUCAAGAUCCACUCGCGCAAGAUGAACCUCACCCGAGGGAUCAAUCUCAGGAAGAUUGCUGAGCUGAUGCCUGGAGCUUCCGGAGCCGAAGUCAAGGGAGUCUGCACGGAGGCUGGAAUGUACGCCCUGAGGGAGAGACGUGUCCAUGUGACUCAAGAGGACUUUGAGAUGGCCGUGGCCAAGGUGAUGCAGAAGGAUUCGGAGAAGAAUAUGUCCAUCAAGAAGCUCUGGAAGUAGACCUGGCAAGAAAUCUCUCCUCAAAAUUUUGUUUAUUCAAAGAGAAAUAAAAUCUUAAAUUAAGAUUUCAA